AUGGAAGCUACAUCGGGGGCUCGCGAGCCCCGAGCCCGGCCGAGAGAACGCGACCCGGAGCGGCGCCCCCACGCGGACCGAGACCGCCGCCCCGAGCGACAGCGGCACAGACCCGGGCACCCGCGCAAGGAGAGAGGCGGGGACGGGCGGAGGGACGGGAACCGGCGAGGGGACCGGGACCGGGAGAGGGACCGAGACCUACGCCGGGACAGACACAGGGACGAAGCCCAUCGCGCAGGUGAACACUCCCGCCAGAGCCGGACGCGGGACAGACCCCGGGGGCCGAGCUGGGACGCAGCCCCGCCCCCCUGGCCCGCGCCUUGGGAAACCCCGGAGCCGCCGCCCCAGAGGAAGGAGGGCUUUGGGCGCCGCGGACCGGAAAGUGAACCCCCUUCAGGGAGGUAUCUGCCCUCAAACCCCAGGACCGAGCGAGAGGAAGUGGAAUAUUACCAAUCAGAGGCGGAAGGACUCCUGGAAUGCCAUAAAUGCAGAUAUUUGUGCACUGCCAGAGGUGUGGUACAGAUAGUGGAGGUGAUCUUGAAUGGGAUGGUCCUCAUGUGCAUCGUGGCCUCCUACUUUGUCCUUGCUGGAUUCAGUGCCAGUUUUGCCAGUGGCGGCGGCUUUGGGAACAACUAUUACUCACCAUUUGAGGGCACUGAGCUGGAGCAGGUUCGGCAAAUGGAUCAGCAAUACACAGUCCUCCGGGCACCCCUGAUAUACAGCGGUGUGGCUGUUUCUCUGGGGCUGGGUGUCCUCACCAUGGGCGUCUUACUCCAAGGAGCCAAGAGUCUAACAAAACUGCCAGAGAAGUGGCUCCUCAUAGAGGCCACCUUCAGCCUCCUGGCGGCAGUGGGCUACUGCAUAGGCAUUGGUGUUUACCUCCACGUAGCUCUGUGGAUCAAUUCCUCCGACAUCUGCAAAAGAAGAGAGAGGCUCUAUGCCCGCAAGGGUCUCACCUGGAUGAACUGCCAGCUGGCAGGCACUGAUGGAGCAGCGGCCACCUUUGCUUGUCUUCUGGUGAUCACGUAUGGUACCAGCGUGGUGCUGGCCUUGCGGAGCUACCGACAACAGAAACACUACAAAGACAGCAGAGAGCAGCACCGAAACUACAAUGACGUACCAGAGUACCUGUGGUCUGGGACGCUCUGA